GGAGGGGGUCUCUGCCUCGCCGAAGAGGCUGCGUUAGAGCCACGUAAACACAUUCACAGAUGUGUCUCCAUGCGUUCUGACAGCCCAACUGAGCCAAGAUCGCCACACUGAAUGAAGACAGAGAAAUCAGAGGGAGAGACGGAGAACAACCACCAAGCAAAUUAUCACACCAUUACUGCAGGGUCUUGCCCACAUCCCUCUCUCUCGGAUUCUAAGCUUGAGUGAGAGCACGUCUGACAGGGAAGAGAGGAAAACGCGGGAGAUCUCCCGGCAGGUCCGUCCCCAAUUACAGCCCAUGUUUCCAGUUUGAUCCAGAAGCCACAGCACAAACAAAUACAGGGAUGCUCUGACCAAAAACAAAUAAGAGAAGAGGAGAAACAAGAAAUCAAGAGAGACACACAAAGACAAAGAGGGAGAGAUUGAGGGAUUUUUUUAAAUGAAUGAAGCAUCCAGUAGCAUGUGGUGGAAAUAACUGCAUCAACGUAAGCCGCCUGCUGAGGACGUGACAGCCCACGUGGUCUGGAUGCCAGCAGCUGCCUCUCACAGCCCCCGAUGUCCCCAGGCAAUCUGAGAAACACAUCCUCAUCCUCCGUUUCCAUGCUCUCGACCCCCCCGGUCCGCAAGGAUUAUUGAGUCUCUGGAUUACUGAAGUGACCGCUUUGGCCGCGGGAGAAAGGGCACACUAUUACUUGAACUUUGGACCGCAGCAUGGGAUGCUCUGGGAACCAACAGCGUGGUGGAUGACCUCCGGCAUGUGGCCGUCACAGCUGGACCUCACGCUCGUGGCCAUACACCUUUGUAACUAAGGGUAAUGACCAGGCAUAGAACCAACCCUGGAGAUGCCGAAGAGAAGAGAUAUUCUUGCCAUCGUGUUGAUUGUGUUACCAUGGACCCUCCUCAUCACUGUGUGGCACCAAAGUGCAAUUGCCCCCCUGCUGGCCAUCCGAAAGGUCUGUCACCAUCUAGUAAAAGAGAUCUUAAUCAUACCAGAGCGUCUAACCAUCCACCGGCAACGGCUAGCAGAUGAUGGGACGGAGACGAGGCACGAGACAGGCCCAGCCACGGACUCGAAGGAAUACUGCUCACAAGACAAGGACAUAGUGGAGGUGGUCCGUACAGAAUACGUCUACACAAGACCCCCGCCCUGGUCUGACGUGUUGCCCACCAUCCACGUCAUCACUCCGACAUACAGCCGCCCGGUGCAGAAGGCCGAGCUAACGCGAUUGGCUAACACCUUCCUCCAUGUUCCCAACCUGCACUGGAUUCUGGUGGAGGACUCUCAGAGGAGAACUCCUCUAGUCAUGAGGCUUCUGAGGGAAACGGGGCUGAACUACACACACCUCAAUGUGGAGACCCCACGGAACUACAAGCUGCGAGGGGACACGAGAGAUCCCAGGAUUCCACGGGGCACCAUGCAGAGGAACCUGGCUCUAAGGUGGCUACGGGAGACCUUCAACUCCAACAGCAGCCAGACAGGAAUCGUCUACUUUGCAGAUGAUGAUAAUACAUACAGCUUGGAGCUGUUUGAGGAGAUGCGAUCAACUCGUAAAGUAUCAGUGUGGCCUGUAGCGUUUGUUGGAGGUUUACGUUACGAGUCUCCAAAGGUCAAUGCAGCAGGAAAAGUAUAUGGAUGGAAAACAGUAUUCGACCCUCACCGGCCCUUUGCCAUCGACAUGGCAGGGUUUGCAAUCAACCUGCGGCUCAUUCUGUUUAAGCCUCAAGCCUACUUCAAGUUACGAGGGGUGAAGGGAGGCUACCAGGAGAGCAGCCUGCUAAGAGAGCUGGUCACUCUCAGUGACCUGGAACCCAAAGCGGCCAACUGUACUAAGAGUCUUUUCUCAUGAAGCUGAAUUUACGCUCUAAGAUUAAACGCCUACGGUCUGUUUCUUUCUUAUUUCAUGAAACACUGGCUGAGCUCAGAAACAGCACAGGCCCAUUGUUGUUUUUCUCAUAUUGCUACUGAACUUGGACUUGAUUGAUGGACUAACAAAACAGGCAGCUCAUUAAAAAGCUGUUGACGAAACCGACGUAGGGUAUGACCUGCGAACUCGAGUCUCUGUAAUCAAGGACAUCUCUAAUGAUUUCAAAUCCGGUUCCAAGCCACAUUAGCACCGUUGUAUACCCAUCCAAAAUCAUGCCAGGCGGUUUGCUCAUCUUUUUUUGUAAAAGUGAUCAGAUUUUCCAUAUUGCCCACUGAGUGCUUUUGCUGAAAUGAGUAUGUUUGCUCGAAAACACCCACCGUCAUCUUCUCUCUUGCAAGACGAAACACUUCUGCAUGUUGCUCUUGUAAAUGUUCUUCUUUUUGUUCCACUGAUCAUCUCAGAACGAAAGAGAAUAAAAAUGUCAGAAAAUAAUAAAUGUGUUAGGAAAAAAGAA